CAACAUCCCUCGACAUUCCAAAUACAUAUAUCGAUUCCUCAAUCCGCAUGAUGGGAUAGCGCCAUCAGACACUCACAUUCCAACGGCCAUGGAGGUCCAGCUGUACAUCUACGACCUGUCGCAGGGCCUCGCCCGUCAAUUCUCUCAAGCCUUGACAGGCAUUCACAUCGACGCCAUUUAUCACACGGCAAUCGUCUUCGAUAAUGUCGAGUAUUUCUUCGGCCAGGGCAUUCACCGGAAAAUCCCUGGCUCAACCCACCAUGGCCGACCGAUGAAGAUCAUGAGUUUGGGUCAGACGCAUCUACCCCUCGAUGUCGUCGACGAAUACAUCGAGUCGCUGGAGACAAUCUACACGCCCGAAUCGUAUGAUUUGUUUUUGCACAACUGCAACAACUUCACGCAGGAUCUCGCCAUGUUUCUCGUCGGUAAGAGCAUUCCUGACGAGAUUCGAAGCCUGCCGGAGACAUUCUUGAAUACUCCUAUCGGACAGAUGUUGAGAGGCCAGAUUGACGAGUCGAUGAGAGCCAUGACCCAGGCACCCGAUGCUGUCGCAGGUCAGAAUACUGGCCGCACUCAGUUGGCGGCGCAGCAAACCUCUAAGGCCGAUCACAAGGAAGUUUUAUCCUCUUCAUUAUCCAAUGGCUCGUCUCACAAACUCACCGCUCCCGCCAUUAUCAAUGCUCAACCACCCGCAGACGGUCCCGGCAAGGUCCACAACAUCACCACUCUCUCUGAAUUGGAUUCCCUGCUCUCCUCAGCCUCACAAUCUUUUGCCGUCAUAUUCUUCACCUCAGCGACAUGCCCGCCUUGUAAAAUCGUCUAUCCGACUUACGACGACUUGGCUGCCGAAGCAGGCACGCGUUCAGGUGCAAAGUUGAUCAAGAUCGACAUCUCGGCGUCCCCUUCCGCUCAUGCAGUGGCACAGAGAUAUAGUGUCCGCGCGACACCGACAUUUAUAACGUUCCUUCGGGGCCAGAAGCAGGAUGAAUGGGCCGGUGCGAAUCCGGCUCAAUUAAGAGGCAAUGUUCAGUUGCUGUUGCAGAUGGCGAAGCCGCCACAACAUCAGCAUUCAAACUUGAGACUGCCAACGUUCCAACAUGUUAUCGAUACACCGAUUCUCUACACGAAGACGCCACCUUUGGAGAAGCUGCUCGGGAAGUUAGGCAGAACCUUCUCAGACGACAAAUCGGUACAGGACCUCGUGAGCUACAUCAAAAUGCGCGACGCCAAGGGCAUGACAGAAGCUGCACUCCCAGAUCUGCACGCCUUCAGUGAGCACAUUGCCUCCAAAUUCACCGGCCUUCCAAAAGAGAGCGUUUUUGCAGCCAUCGACCUUGUCCGCGUUGCGGCGGCCGAUCCUCGUGUCGCGAGUUUCCUGACCACUGAACGCGAACAUCGCACACUUUUGGCACUCUUCAGUACAAUCCAGACCUCCCAAGGUGAUUUCACGAAGGCACCAUACAAUAUUCAAUCUGUCACUCUCCAACUUGGGUGCAACUUGUUCUCCUCCAAUAUCUUCCAGGAGCAGAUCUUCAAAUCGCACUCGUCCUCGUCACCUUCUCCUUCUACAAGCAACGUUUUGAAAGAAAGGCUAGAAGACCUUGCGGCGCAGUGCCUGCUAUCACCACAUCUGAACUCGAGGUCUUUGGCUGCAGUUUUGGUAUACAACCUUGCAAGUUGGACGCAUAACGUGCGGUUUUACGCGCACAGCUUCCCAACCACGUCCCCCGACACACCCGCCGAAGAGGGAGGAGCCGUGAGCGACGACCUUGCCGCCGCUUUGCUCGAGAGCAUUUCGUCCCUGGCAGCUCUCGCACCCGCCCCAACCACGACCACUCCUUCGGGAAGCGGUAAUCUCAAAGAAACGCUCCACGCCCUCCUGCUUACCCUCGGGGUGCUUCUCUACUCAGCACCUGCUGGCGACAUGCUUUGGGAUCUGUGUCGGGCAAUGGAGCUCAAGGAUGUACUGAAGGAGCUGGGGAAGAGGGCUGACUGUAAAGGAGAGAAGCUGUUGAAAGAGGUUGGGGAGGAAUUGUUGGGCAAAGGCGGGUUUUGAAUGCUAAGAUACGACGCCUCGGAAGAUGCACAUUGGACAUCGCCUAUAAGAGGAAGACGUGAAGGGGACUCUUUGUGUUGUAUUGGCGGCGGCGCGUUUGGAUUGAUUCACUUCUAGAUCGAAGUAGAAUACGAGCCAGAGAGAAAGAGGCAAAUGGAUCGCGGACUAUCACCACCACCACCGACAAGAAGCGAUGGCCCUGCACUCUCGUUACGUGAAUC